CAAGCAAGCAAUCAGCAGUAAAACAGACGUAGAAGCUGAGCGAGGUAAGGAACGAAAGUGCACUGGGAAAUCAUGGCGAAAAGAUUGCUGCUCGAUUACCACAAGACUCUGCCGCUCAAUGGACUGCAAGCCGCCACAGUUUUGCUUCUCAUUUAUGGGUUUACCUGUGUGAGCAGUAAUGAGGUGCUGGUCCCAGAGAGGGUGAGUGCUGUGCUGGGGAAGAACAUUACUCUGGGCUGCAGGGUGGAGGUGGACACCAACCUCAGCCUCACCCAGAGCUCCUGGGAGCGUCGCCUGCCCUCAGGCACCAUCACCCUGGCCGUCUUCAACCCCCAGUUUGGCAUCUCCAUCUCCCCAGACUACGCCAGGCGCCUGUCCUUCAUGAACCCCUCCGUGCACGAUGCCACCAUCAUCCUGGAAGGCGUGGGUUUUCAGGACAUUGGGUCUUACACGUGUAAAGUGGCGACUUUCCCGUUGGGAAACACGCAGGCAUCCAUCACCGUCAAUAUACUCGUGGAGCCCAAGGUCUAUGUCUCUGCCGGUUCAAUGGCCCUGGUGGAUGGUGGUAAUGAGUCGGUGGUGGCCACCUGCAUAGCGGAGCGCGGCCGGCCUGCAGCUGAGGUGUCCUGGGAGACUGAGCUGUUUGGCCGCUCUGAGGUCCAGACGCAGGACGAGCCCAACGGCACCUAUACCACCCAGGUGCGCUAUGUGUUGGAGCCACGGAGACACUCCCAGGGCCACACCCUCACCUGCGUGGUGCGCCACCCGGCCCUGCAGACUGAGUUCAGGAUACCCUACGUGCUCAAUGUGCAGUUUGCUCCUGAGGUGACGGUGGUAGGAUAUGAUCAGAACUGGUUUGUUGGUCAGGAGAAUGUGAAGUUGGACUGUGGAGCCAAAGCAAACCCACCUGCCCACCACUUCUCCUGGACCAGGUUGGAUGGGCCGAUGCCUGACGGUGUGGAUAUAGUGAACAACACUUUUAGUUUCACUCGUCCUCUGGAGAGAAAUGACUCUGGACUGUACAGGUGUGAGGUGUACAACGACAUCGGUCCACGCAGUCAUGACAUUCACGUCUGGAUACAAGAUCCUCCCCCCACCACGGCACCAGUCCCCACCACCUCUACUCUCCUCUUCCUGGACACCAGUGACACCAGCAUGGCCCCCAACAAGCGGCGAGGAGCGAGCGGCCACUUCACCUCACCCACCCUGGCCUCCCUGUCAGACAGCAGCCUGGGUACUAUAGUGGGCGGGGCUGUGGGCGGGGUCCUGCUCCUGGGGUUGCUGCUGAUCCUGGGCGGAGCUUGCUUCAUGCGCAAGCGGAGGACCUUCAGGGGUGACUACUACACCAAACAGUACCUGGGCCCCUCCGACAUGCAGAAGGAGUCCCAGCUGGACGUGCUCCAGCCCCACGAGCUGCAGGAGGUCUACGGGGACGGGCACAACUCUACCUGCAAGGACAGCCAGGAGCUGAAACCCAAGCCGGGACUGGGAGGUGACAUAAUUUACCCCAAUGACAUCAAGGACAAGGAGGACUGGGGCGACGGCCACAGGGGCCUCCGGGAGGGCAGCUACUACCCUGUUGAAAACCACAACAACAUCCACCACCCCAAAGGGCCGCUCGUUCACACUCCCACUGUGACCAACGGCUCCCCCUACCUGCCGGAGGACUGCUAUGACAACGGCACAGACAGCGAGUAUGUGUCCCACAUGGAUGGGUCUGUGAUCUCACGCAGAGAGUGGUAUGUCUGAGAGCUACAGGGAAGCUGGAAAAUACCUUUUGGCUCAAAAUGACUCGGUGAGACAAUAAUUUAACAGGCGUUGAAAUAGAUAUGUUAUAGAGAAUUUGUCAAUUCAAUAAACAGACUCUUCUAGACAAGAAUGAACAUUCCCGGCUCAUUUGUGUGCUCUGACCCCAAGGACUUCCAUAUGACUUCCAUAUGGAGUGUGUUAUAAUGUCGUAGCAUCUCAACAGAUGAUCGCAGGCUGGGAAUGGCAGUAAUCUGCUGUCAUUAUCCGCUUAACUUUAGAACUAGGGUUCAUUUGGCAAGGGUUUCUCUGUACUACGUUGUUUCAACAGAUGUGAGCGGUUCACGUUGUGUCGUUCUGCUUUUAUGUAUGUAAACACCUGCCUUACGUCAUGAGUCUGGCAUUUCAGCCCUCAUUAGUGAAAUAUUUCUAUCCCUUUUGAAAAUUCUAAACGAUGUGCCCAUAUGUUGCAUCAAUUCAAACCCCUCAUAUUCAAUGACAUUUCCCCAAAACAAUUGCCUGUAAUCAUAUGACUUUAUGACUUUUUCAUAAAGGUUACAUUCUGAUUGCUUGUUGCUGUUGAGAGCACCUAAAUCAGAUUAUAUUUUAGUUUUCAAACUGUUAUACAGAUGUGAAAGGGAAAAGAAUUCAACAAUGUGACAAAAAGGGAGCAAUUUGCCAAGUUUAUGGUUCUAGAUGACGAUAGAAUAUAUCCACAUGUUGUGAGCAGGAUGUACAGUGAUACUGUCAGGACUAUGGGACGUGAUAAGACUCUUUUAAGCACAUCGGAGGAAUACAUCUCAAGAUGUGUAUCUAUUUAGGACAGUGUAUUGCACAUGUUCUUUAGCAUUGGUGGCACAUUCUAGAUUGUGUCCCAAAGGCACCCUAUUCCAUAUACAUUCAGUGGCCAGGUUAUUAGGUACACCCAUAUAGUCCUGACUGUCAUCAGC